AUGCCUUCCUCCUCCCGAAGAGAGCUCCAGGGCCCAAGGCCUCCGCCACUCAAGGUGAGCAGGGAUUCAUGCAGAGUCAAGAAACCAGCAACGGCGGCAGCUCUCUCUCGGGGCGAGCACGAGCACCGCGAGCCGGUCGUCGUCUACCUGCACACGCCCAAGGUCUUCCACACCAGGCCCCAAGAUUUCAUGAGCCUGGUGCAACGGCUGACGGGGAAGUCAUCUUCUUCGAGCUCUUCUCGCUGUAGAACCGGCUCCGAUAUCGACCAGAGAGGCGCCGGAAUGGACUCUCUGAAUGAUACUGGCGUGGGACAGAACGUCGGAGCUGGUGAAGGUGGAGACCCGUUGCUGCUCACGCUGGGCCAGUUCUCUUCCAUGUCUUCCGUUCCUUCACCGAUCAUAUCUCCAAGUCUCUUCUUUUGUUCUCCGAAUACGCAGGCAUGCUUGCAGGAUCUUAGUCCAUUAUUUUGA